AGACAAUCUUAAUACACUCUAGAGCUGAGCUUGGAUGAACUGCUGAUGUGUUAAUCUCACAGAGGAACACACGACUGGUUUAAUAGGUAUGGUUAAAUAAAUAAUGGCUGGUUUCAAUACCUUGAUUGGCACAGAACCUAAAGUAAUAAAGCAAAUAUUUAAAGGCAGUACAGCUUUAUCAUUCUUUGCCGCCAUAUUUAUCUAGUUAUGUUUUUAAAGAACAAAUCUCAGUUCAGUAGUUUUGUUAUGUAUGCACGUUAACUUUAAUUCAUUUAGGGAACAUCCUGAAGAAUCAAUAAUAUAUCAAAUGUCCCCCGAAACCAAUUUGUUUAUGAUUGUUUUGUAGGUAAUUGAUUUGUUCCUGUUAAUGCUCAGUUGCAUCACACAGGGGUUUAACUAAAUUAUACAUUUUCAAAUGAUAAACAAAAAUGAUACCCUUUUGUUUUUUUGUAGAUUCAAAAAUGGGAACAUUACUGUUGUUUAUCCUUAGUGUGCAUGUGUUAUUGUCUCUUGGAUCCAUUCCAGAUUAUCAUGAUGAAAAAAGUGUACAUGUUAUUGAAAACGAAGCUGCGUUCGUAUCUUGUUCUCAAUGUUCAGAUGAGGUUGGUGUUAAAUGGUAUAAUAAUAGAACUCUUCAGGAAAUAACUUCAAAGGAAGAAGAAAGAAUACAUUCACACUCUGCUGACCUACUGUUCUUGCCAGCCUUUAUCAAUGACUCGGCAGACUACACAUGUAACUGCGUAAUAAACAUCAUAAAUUACACAUUGAUUAUUCAUUUCAUUGUGCAUGAAAGAGAGCCUUUCAGUAGCUCACUUUUAUACUCUAAAGUAACAUCUACAGUAUCAAGUAAUGUACAAAUCUCAUGCCCUGAUGUGGACCAGUUUAAAAGUGAAAAUUUUACCUGGUGUAAGGAUUUUCAGAUAUUACCAAAUGAGAACAGGAGACAGUUAGUUCGCAAUAAUAUCACACGAAAGGAUGAUGGAAUCUACACCUGUCAAUUAACAUGGACACACAAAGGAAAGCAGCUCAGUGUAUCAAGAGCCAGACGCUUGAUUGUUCAAGCACCCUAUGUCCCAGUGUAUCCAGUUAUUGAGUACCCGCGUGACAACACAGAGGAAGCUCUGUUAGGUUCACUUAAAAACAUCACCUGCAAAGUUUUCAUUGGAUUUAACAUAAACAGUGCAUGUCAUGUGAGGUGGGAAGUUAAUGAUACAAGCAAUGGACAAAUCAACAGAUAUUCACAACAUACACUAAGAAGAGAAGAAAAUAACAAGACUAUCUGUAUGUCCAUCUUAACCAUUCACAAAGUGUCAACUGAGGAUUUUAACACACCAAUUUACUGUAAAGCGAAAGAUCUUGAGAACUGGACAAAACAUUUUAUUAAAUUACAACCAAUGGCGAAGGAUAACAGACUAUUUGUGGCAAGCUGCUUUGUUGUGCUGAUCUUCUCAAAAAUCUCUGUGGCAAUACUGGUCAAUUAUUUUAAGAUUGACAUUGUCCUUCUCUAUCGGGAUACAAUUAAGCCAUACAGAGAUCAAAACGAUAAGAGGUAUGAUGCAUAUGUAAUUUAUCCAAAAGAGAACCUUCAAGAAUCUUCUCAGGAAAAGAUCAGACAUUUUAUUAAUCAGGAUUUGCCAAACAUCCUUGAAAGAAAGUAUGACUAUAAUCUUUUCAUUUGUGGCAGAGAUGAUCUCCCUGGGGAAGAUACUGCAGUGGCAAUCGAAAAAAACAUAAUAAACAGCAAGAGGCUCAUUAUUAUUUUAACUCCUGGGACUUCUUUUGGGAUGAAGUCUGAAAAUGCAUAUGAUCAACAGCUUGGGUUAUACAACGCUCUUGUUCAUGAUGAGAUGAAGGUGAUUCUGAUUGAGAUGGAGAACUUCAGCUCCUAUAAGGAUCUCCCAGAAUCUCUCCAGCACAUCAUUCAAAAGAGGAAAACGCUGAAAUGGAAUGGAGGUCAGUCACCGAACUCAAGGUUCUGGAAACAUCUCAGAUACGAGAUGCCUUCAAAGAGAAAUCCUACAUACUUUACAGUCCAAAAUGUAUCAACACCUACACCAGAAUUUGGAACGUAUAUUGAAUGACGAUUUAUGCAGAGUGAUUUUAAAGUCAGUGGAGGGGGGUGGGGGACGGACGGACAAACCAUUAUAACUAAGGGUGUGCAGAUACUCAUAUUUUCGAAAUAAUUCCCUUAAAGAGGUUUUAAGUUGUUAUGUAUUAAUUAAAUAGAAAAAAAAGUUCAUUAUUCAACACAAUACUAAGAAUUCCCUCAGUUGCCCUAGUUUACACAAUUAUUGAAUUCCUAUCAAUAACAAUCUGCCAGUGCCAUAUAGAACCUGUCAUUAUCAAACUAAAACCGCUCAUGUUUUAUCUGUGAUUAUUGUAAAAUCGUGGGGCAUUAAUGAGGGCUCCUCCCCCUAUUUCCUUCCUACCAAUAACAUCUGCUAAUCCCCUAUUUAAACCUCAAGCUUUCUGUCUUGCAUUUUUGUUUUGCCUUGCUCUCAGCCUGCAGACUCAAGAUUACAGACUCGAGACUAAUCUUUAAAAAUAUCAACCUGCAUUUGAUAGAUAAAAUGGGCCACUGGUCCUCUACAGCAGUAAAGUCUUACAUCUGCUCGUCAUUCCAAGAUAUAUCUCAGGUCCAACAUAGCUUAGCUAGUAGAGUAGGAGCUAUCUCUCCGUCAGGACCACCAGAGGUUUCCUCCCAAUGGGGGGGGGUUCCUCUCUACUGAACAGUAAGAUUAGGAUUAUUAUUAUUAUUAUUACAUAUAAUAAUAAUAAUAAUAAUAAUAAUAAUAAUAAUAAUAAUAAUUCAAUAAAUAAAAAUAAUAAUAAUAAUCAUAAUUCAUAUCUGUUUUGCAUUGGUGGUGUAGUUGCGGGGUGCCAGGGGUCUCUUUUGGGGGUAAGUGAAGCUCACUCGUAAAACCUUAGAAGUCCAGCUGCUGCUGGCUUCGUCCUCUGUGAAGAAGGAUCUCCGCGAGUCAAGGGGGGCCCCCAGCCAAAUUUAUCUAUCAUUGAUAUCUUCCCAUUUCUCUCAUCUAGACCCCCCUUGGGGGAAGUAUUGGUUGAGACCGAUCGGUUCGGUCUCACCUCUGCAAGGGCGGCUCUUCGCGAGCCAAGGUGGAAUCUCCUUACUGUUUAAGAUAUAAGCACAUAUCUUCCAUUAAUUCCCAAGGUCCCUUACUCCAUGCAGCCCUCGAUCAUGCCCAGUGAAUUUGUCUUAGCUUUAUUUUAUCCUUUUCUUUGCUUAUUUCCAUAAUGAGUUUUUUCUUUUCGUUUUUGCUCUUUGCUUUAUUUUUAUUUUUAAUAUUCAGUCAUAUAUAGUAUUUGUAUUUUAUGUCUAAUAUUGUAAGUCUGAAUCACGGCUCAUUGAUAAUUGUUAAUUGUUUUACCUUAAUGGGGGCGGGGGGGUCGCACGUGUUCGGUAUUUGCCACCUCGAUGUUAGGUAUUUAAGCACUGUGAUUCAUUUCAUUCGGAAGCACUGAUUACAGUCUAAAAAGACUGAAAUGUUUGCAUUUUGUUUGUCAUUUAAUAAAAGAUGUUUUGAACC